GGGCCGGAAGGCGUGCGGAGGGCGGCUGGUCAGCCCCGGGCCUCACCCCCGCGGGAGAGCCGCCUGGAGUCGGCAGGGGCCGGCCGGGCCCACGGGGAGGCCGGCCCGCGCCCCCUGAGCUGCGGACACCAGGGCGCUCACCAUGGCCCCGCCGCUCCUGCUGCUGCUGCUGGCCAGUGGAGCGGCCGCCUGCCCGCUGCCCUGCGUCUGCCAGAACCUGUCCGAGUCGCUCAGCACCCUCUGUGCCCACCGAGGCCUGCUGUUCGUGCCACCCAACGUGGACCGGCGCACAGUGGAGCUGCGGCUGGCUGACAACUUCAUCCAGGCCUUAGGGCCGCCAGACUUCCGCAACAUGACGGGGCUGGUGGACCUGACGCUGUCCCGCAACGCCAUCACCCGCAUCGGGGCCCGCGCCUUCGGGGACCUGGAGAGCCUGCGCUCCCUGCACCUGGAUGGCAACAGGCUGGUGGAGCUGGGCACUGGCAGCCUGCGGGGCCCCGUCAACCUGCAGCACCUCAUUCUCAGCGGCAACCAGCUGGGCCGCAUUGCGCCGGGGGCCUUCGACGACUUCCUGGACAGCUUGGAGGACCUGGACCUGUCCUACAACAACCUGCGGCAGGUGCCCUGGGCCGGCAUCGGCGCCAUGCCUGCCCUGCACACCCUCAACCUGGACCACAACCUCAUCGAUGCAUUGCCCCCGGGCGCCUUUGCCCAACUCGGCCAGCUCUCCCGCCUCGACCUCACCUCCAACCGCUUGGCCACGCUGGCGCCCGACCCGCUCUUCUCCCGGGGGCGCAACGCCGAGGCCUCGCCUGCCCCGCUGGUGCUGAGCUUCAGUGGGAACCCCCUGCACUGCAACUGCGAACUGCUGUGGCUGCGGCGGCUGGCCCGGCCGGACGACCUGGAGACCUGCGCCUCCCCGCCCAGCCUGGCCGGUCGCUACUUCUGGGCGGUGCCUGAGGGCGAGUUCUCCUGUGAGCCGCCCCUCAUUGCCCGCCACACGCAGCGCCUCUGGGUGCUGGAGGGCCAGCGGGCCACACUGCGGUGCCGGGCCCUCGGCGACCCUGCGCCCACCAUGCACUGGGUCGGCCCUGACGACCGGCUGGUCGGCAACUCCUCCCGAGCCCGGGCUUUUCCCAACGGGACCCUGGAGAUUGGGGUGACGGGUUCCGCGGACGCGGGGGGCUACACCUGCAUUGCCACCAACCCUGCUGGCGAGGCCACAGCGCGGGUAGAACUACGAGUGCUGGCCUUACCCCACGGAGGGAACGGCAGUACCGAGGGGGCCCGCCCGGGGCCCUCGGACAUCGCCGCCUCAGCCCGCACUGCUGCCGAGGGCGAGGGGACGCUGGAGUCUGAGCCAGCCGUGCAGGUGACGGAGGUGACCGCCACCUCGGGGCUAGUGAGCUGGGGGCCAGGGCGGCCGGCGGACCCCGUGUGGAUGUUCCAAAUCCAAUAUAACAGCAGCGAGGACGACACCCUCGUGUACCGGAUCGUCCCAGCCUCCAGCCACCACUUCCUGCUGAAACACCUGGUCCCGGGUGCCGACUAUGACCUCUGUCUGCUGGCCCUGUCACCCGCCGCUGGGCCUUCCGACCUCACAGCCACUAGGCUGCUGGGCUGUGCCCACUUUUCCACGCUGCCAGCCAUGCCCCUGUGCCACGCCCUGCAGGCCCACGUGCUGGGCGGGACCCUGACUGUGGCUGUCGGGGGGGUGCUGGUGGCUGCCUUACUGGUCUUCACUGUGGCCUUGCUGGUUCGGGGCCGGGGGGCCGGGAAUGGCCGCCUCCCCCUCAAGCUCAGCCACGUCCAAUCCCAGACCAACGGGGGCCCCAGCCCCACACCCAAGACGCACCCACCACGGAGCCCCCCGCCUCGCCCCCAGCGCAGCUGCUCCCUGGACCUGGGAGACACGGGCGGGUGCUACGGGUACGCCAGGCGCCUCGGAGGGGCCUGGGCCCGACGGAGCCACUCUGUGCACGGGGGGCUGCUCGGGGCCGGGUGCCGGGGCAUGGGGGGCAGCGCCGAGCGGCUGGAAGAGAGUGUGGUGUGAUGGCAAGGGAGCCAGCCCGGGGUGGGCGGCAGAGGGUGUGGGGUGGGCAGCCUCCUGGCCCAGUGGGUCAGUGCUGCCUGGGAGUCCCUCCUGGUUUUACCCUGGGUCCCUUGGGAAGGACAGGGGGCGCUC